GGGGCUUUCUCCCGAGCCGUCGGAGGGAGCUGGAGCACUUCUCCCGAGCUGGUGAUCAAUCAGUCAGAGUCUAACAUGCAGAAGUGAGUGGUGAAAAGCAGCAGAGCUGAUGGGUCGUGAGGAUGUAAGUGUGUUUGAAGGCUCUCACACCCUCUUCUCCAGGACAGAAUCAUGAAUAAACUGGAGGACAAGAAGGACCAGAUGAUACCAUGAAGAGAAGUUUACAGGCCCUCUAUUGCCAACUGUUAAGCUCGCUCCUGAUCUCGGCCCUGACCGAAGCGCUGGUCUUCGCUGCCCAGGAACCAACUCCCAGGGAAUCUCUUCAGGUCCUGCCGUCAGGCACCAUGGUGACAGCACCGUUCCGCUCUACCAGACCCUCGUCCGUGGCGGCGGCCCCCACCUCCACGGUGACCCUGAGCCCCCAUCCUGACGAAUCCUCCUCACAGGCUGACGCCCCGAUGGCCACAACGACGCCCUAUCCAGAUGGACACCCUCCUGCAAACACCGUCUCCACCAUAAUGGCGACAGCAACCACCCGCCAUGCUGAGGGACCCCUGACCCCAGGGCCCCUUCCUGCUGCCCCGGCAACCACAUCCUCCCCCUCAGAGGGCCGUGCCCUGGAGGAGGCUGGGCCCACCGUCCUGCUGACACAGCCAACCGCAGCCAGCAGCCGCCCCAGCACAGCGCCCCCCCGGGCGGGCACACGCAGGCCCCCCAGACCGCCGGGCUCUGCCCGAAGGGGGGCUGGGAGUUCAUCGCGCCCUGUCCCGCCUGCCGUCGGCGGCCACUCGGGAAGAAGGGAGGGCCAGCGGGCCAGAAGCCCGAGCUCCACACACCUGGGCCAGAAGCAGCCCCUGGCGAAAACCUUUCCGUUCUUCAGAGGCAACUCCACCGGGUCCGUGGAGCCUGAGCCCUCCACCUUCACCCCCAGGAACCCGCCCUGGGGUUACUCCUCCUCGCCACAGACCCAAACAGUGGCCACAGUCACGGCGCCCAGCAGGACCUCGUGGGCACCGAGCACCACCCCCUUGGUGCGCACAGAAGACAAGCCAGGCCUUAGCAGAGCGGACCAGGGGGGUGGUCCUACCUUCACCAGCCCAGGAGGGGAGCCCGACGCCACUGCGGCCUCGGGUGCCCCUGCCAGUCCACACGCUGCCCCAGUGCCUUCUCAGCGCCCCCGUGGGGACCCACACGACAGCUCCAGCCACAGCGAGUCCUGGCUCACUGUCACCCCUGGAACCAACAGACCUCUGUCUGCCAGCUCUGGGGUCUUCGCGGUCGCCACGGGGCCCACCCAGGCUGCCUUCGAUGCCAGUGUCUCAGCCCCUUCCGAGGGCACUCCUCAGGGAACAUCCUCAACAGCAUCCUCGGCCCCGCGGGCCCCAGCUCCCCACACCGGGGUCUUAGAAAGCACUGUCUCCCGGGCCGAGGAGGAGGCUGCGGCCACCCCCACCGUGACUGACAGGGUGCCCAGUCCUCUCUCCACCGUGGUGUCCACGGCCACAGGGAACUUCCUCAACCGCCUGGUCCCCGCAGGGACCUGGAAGCCUGGGACAGCAGGGAACAUCUCCCAUGUGGCCGAAGGGGACAAGCCCCAGCACAGAGCCACCAUCUGCCUGAGCAAGAUGGACAUUGCCUGGGUGAUCCUGGCCAUCAGCGUGCCCAUCUCCUCCUGCUCUGUCCUGCUGACAGUGUGCUGCCUGAGGAGGAGGAAGAAGACGGCCAACCCGGAGAACAACCUGAGCUACUGGAACAACGCCAUCACCAUGGACUACUUCAACAAGCACGCUGUGGAGCUACCGAGGGAGGUCCAGUCCCUGGAAACCUCCGAGGACCAGCUCUCUGAGCCCCGCUCCCCAGCCAACGGCGACUACAGAGACACGGGGAUGGUCCUCGUCAACCCCUUCUGCCAGGAAACCCUGUUUGUGGGACCCGAUCAGGUGUCAGAGAUCUAAUGCAGCAGCCCUCGCUUUGCCGCCCCCUCCCCUUUGUCUCUAAGUUAUAAACAUACAAAUAUAUAUUAUAAAUAUAAUCUUUGUGUAACCCCGACUUAACGAGAAACAUUUUCAGCUUUUUUUUCCCCCUAAAAAUUGUCAACAUCUUUUUUAUAAGUGUGGUUUAAAAAAACUUUACAGAAGAUCCGUGGCUUUAUAAAAUAAAAGUAUUUCUAAGCAAAGCAGUUGCACUGAUUGCUUCUCUUAAUAACUGUCCUUGAGCACUUGGGGGUCCCAGCAGCCUCGGCAGAUGGGGGAUGUCACGCGCAUGGCCCUUGAGUGACUCUCACAGCUCAGGUCCCCUUGACUCCUGUGACCCUGCCGCCUGCUGCUGUGCACCCAGUGAAGGGCCACCGGGGGCAGAGGACAGCAGUCACGCCGGGAAGGGGACACGCCAUCACCCCGUGGGGGUGCCCUGGAGCCUCACACUGGCACCACUGACUGUCGAGGGCGGUGCCAUCUGAGCAGACGGC